AUGACUGGGGUUGUGAUGGUGACCAAGGGCGGCGGUUGUAAGAGUUCGGCAAGGGGAAGUAAUAAGGCCAGCAGCGAAGACGAGCACAACCACCAGCUAUCGAUGGUAGCCGUUCUGCUAUCUGCUUUAAGGAUAUCCCUGGCUUCCUCGUGCUGCAUUGAAGAUGUGGAGGACCUGAUGUCGUCGUCUUCCUCUGUCGCCAUUAAUCACAUGGACAUCGGCCGAUCGACGAACGUUCAGCACAUUACCCAUGUUAUCUUUGAUCGAUUCAACGGGAUUUUGGGUCUUCCGAUGGAGUUCGAAGUGGUUCUCCAAUGCACCACAGAAGAAGAUUUUGUUGAACUGGUUAAGCAAUUGAAGCCAACUGAAGCUGCACUCCUCAACCUA